AUGGAGAGAAAUUGCGACAUCAAGCCUCCGAACUAUGAAAAAUAUGUCACAGUUUUGAGCAUUGAUGGUGGUGGUAUCAGAGGACUUAUCCCCGCCACUAUCCUUGAUUUUCUUGAAUCUCAACUUCAGGAGCUGGAUGGGGAGGAAGCAAGACUUGCGGAUUACUUUGAUGUGAUUGCUGGAACAAGCACUGGAGGCCUUGUAACAGCCAUGUUGACUGCUCCAGAUGAAAACAAUCGUCCCCUUUAUGCUGCUAAAGAUAUAAAGCCUUUCUAUUUAGAGAACUGCCCAAAAAUCUUUCCACAGAUGAAUGUUUUUGGGGAGAUUGGAAGGUUUUUCAAAGCAUUGAUAGGUCCCCUGUACGAUGGAAGGCACCUCCAUAGUGUCUUGGAAGAUAAACUGAAAAAUAUUAGGUUGACGGACACACUUACAAAUGUGGUUAUUCCAGCUUUUGACAUCACGAGUUUACAGCCAGUGAUUUUCUCUUCCUAUGAGGCAAAGAGAUCGCCAUGGUUAGAUGCAAAAUUGUUUGACAUUUGCAUUAGCACUUCCGCAGCUCCAACUUUUCUUCCUGGCCAUCACUUCACUACCAAAGAUGAAAAUGGAAGCAUUCGAGAGUAUAAUCUCAUUGAUGGUGGUGUUGCUGCAAAUAAUCCGGCUUUGGUGGCUAUAACUCAAGUAACCAAACAGAUGUUUGACCAUAAAGCAGAUUUAUUCCAAACAAAGCCUGCGGAUUAUCCUCGGCUUCUUACAAUAUCUAUAGGCACAGGUGUUGCAAGGAUAGAUAAAAAAUACAACAGCAAACUUGCAGCCAAAUGGGGUAUUUUGAAUUGGCUGUUUUACGGAGGCACUACGCCUUUGAUUGAAAUAUUCACUCAAGCAAGUGCAGAUAUGGUUGAUUUUCACAAUUCUUUGAUUUUUCAAGCCCUUUAUUGUGAGGAAAAUUACCUUAGAAUUCAAGAUGAUACACUAUCUGGAAUAGAAUCUUCAGUUGAUGUUGCAACAAAGGAAAAUUUAGAUAGACUCGUCAAAAUUGGUGAGCGACUAUUAAAAAACCCGGUUUCAAGGGUUAAUUUAGAGUCGGGCCUGACUGAGCCUGUUCAAAAUGGAGGCACGAAUGAGAACGCUCUCAAAAGGUUUGCAAAAUUAUUAUCGACUGAAAGAAGACUACGACAGAUAAAGAAUGACAGCAGAUUUCCACAGUUAAAGAUUGCUGCCAAUGUGAGAAGUCUAAAAGGGCAAUCGAUCAUGACUUGUAGGAAAAAACCAAGUUAUCCUAUGUGUUCCAUGAAAGUUGUUAGUCCCCCUAUUAAUGUAUUUUUCAAAUAG